UGAGCCUCUAACCCGUGACGGUCAUGAGGAUUUUUUACCCCUAUUCUCUCAGACACACUGAGGCAAAGAGAUUUGAACAGUGAAACAACACAGAGAAGACGCCACCACCGAAGUACCUCUGCAACUUCAUUAUCCAAUUUGCUUGAUGCGGUGUAAUCGUACAGACGGAAUGCCUCGUGGAGACUUCAACAUCUACUUCGCCAGCGGCAGGCGGGGAUACGUCCGAGCUGAGGAGGCGGUGGGCAUUGCUCUGCUGGUGGUCGUCCUGGCUGCUCUUCUGAUCCUGGGAUGCUGGUACUUCAAGAAGAGGAGUGGUUACAGAAUAAUCAGGAGCCCCAGGUCAGGGUCACCAAGUUUCACAGGAGGCCAGUACUCAGAGGCAGGACCCUCAGCAGAUAACAAGAUGCCUCUGACCGACUUCGGCAGCUUCCGGACAGCGGUUCCUAAUGCUCCUCCAGCCUAUGAAAAGAUCUCCUCUGGGCCGCUGCCUCCUCCAUAUUCCCCCUAAAGACUAUCUGAUCAACCUCUGAAGAAAAAAGGAAAACAAUGAACAACCCUCAAUUCUAGCGGAUGCCUACUGAUAUGAUUACUGUCAGUAUUGUUCCUAAAGUUUCAUAGAUUAGAAUAUCAACAGAUGAAAUCCUUGUAGCCGUUUCUUUGUAAAGUGGUUAAUCACAUAUAUGAGCACAAUGUACAUAAGUUGUUUCACUAAACAAUAAAAGAAGCUGUGGAUAAGAACGCUGUUUGAA